CCCUGCCAGCGGGCUGGUGUCAAAUGUUAGACUUUCACUUUCGGGUUACUGUUGACUGGAGAUGGCGCCGGUUCCGAAGACUGUGGGGAGAGUCAAACUAGACUGCCCUCUGCGGCCCGGCUGCCCGCUGGGGGUCGCUGCUGUCCCCAGACUCUGCAAAGAAUUUGGUCCCAAGGACUGCGGAGAAGAGGAUGUAGUGGAUUUUCUUCACCAGCUUAUAGAGAAUGAUCCCCAGGGCCUGCACCAGAUUCCUGUGGAUGGGAGCAGCGGGCAGCUGCAGCAGUGGCACCAUGGUGGGGCGUGCAGGACCCCGGAUCAAGGCUGGAGCCCUGGGAGUGACAGGGGCAAAGGGUCUGAGGGCCUGGGCACCUGCUGUGGUCUCCGAAAGUCCUUCCUUUGCCCUUUUCAAAGGUCUGACUCCUGCCCUCAAAGCCCCUCUGCAUCUCCAUCCUUUUGUAGUGUCUCAGACAGCCUGCUGAAGGUGACCAUACUCCAGAAGCUCCUGGUGACUGAAGAGGAAUCCAACUGCCUGGCUGAGGAGCUGGUGGCUGAGGAGGAGGAGCGCAUGAAACAGAAAGCAGAGAAGAAAGGAUACAAGAAGAAGGUGUUUGGGAGUAGAAGGAGGGGAACCCAGAGGGAGUUGGAGAAGGGAAACAGGCAAUGUCAGAAAGAAAGAAAGCAACAGGAGCGCUUGGAGCAGGACAGCAGGGAGCCCAAGGCUACGGUUAUGCCAGAGGAAGACGAGAGCCCCCCAGCCAGCCCUGGAAACACAGCUCAGGGACAGUGUGGUGAGGGAGAGAACUUACUGGAUCUAUCUAGCAGUUUUGUGUCUCUGGCUUUGUGCAAGGUUGGGGUUUGGCUCCCAAGUACCCACUGAGAGAAGGGACCAAAGCAGGAGCCCCAAAUCAAGGACCAGGGCCUGCAGGAGAACAUGGGCCAAAAGGAAAGGAACCCCCCAAGAGAGGAAUGACCCAGGCAGUGUCCUGAGGCACAGGCAGCUCUGGGAUGGCUGGCAGCUGCCUCACAGCAGAGCCAGGAGCUGGCAAAGUUGGGUACUAGCUUUGCUUAAAAUGGUUUCUACCAUGAAGUGGUUAUUCUUUUCACUCAGUCCUUGAAACUCAACCCCCAAGACCACCGGUUAUUUGGAAAUCGUUCCUUCUGCCAUGAGAGGCUGAGGCAGCCGGCAUGGGCCCUGGCAUAUGCCCAUGUGGCCCUUACCCUACAACCUGGCUGGCCCAGGGGCCUCUUCCGCAUGGGCAAAGCCUUGAUGGGACUGCAGCGCUUUGAGGAAGCAGCUACCAUGUUCCAAGAGACUCUGAGGUGCGGGUACCAGCCAGAUGCAGCCUGGGAACUCCACUCUUGCCUUCUCUAGCUUGCCUGGCAGGAUCAAUGAAGAAGAAUCUGUGUGCCACCUGGAUGGACUGGGGUCCCCUCGUCACUUCCCCAUCUUGAGCCAGGAGACUCUGGCCUGUUCUCCAGUCAGAGUGUGGCUUCAAGGGCCCCAGGGCUUCUGUCUCCACCCUUGUAUUGUCCUGCACAUCCUCUGAGCCAGCCUAGCUGGCCUUUCCUCAACCAGACUCAGAUCAGAAGACCCCACCCUCUUCAUCUCCAGGGCCCCUGAAAGGGCUGGGGCAUCCAGAGUCUUGGGCGUGGGCAUUUACCUCAGGCCAGAUAAGGGAGGCUCCUUCUCUCCUGGUGAGGCCAUAUGUGCAUCUUACACAGAUAGGGAACACUGUGUGCUGAUGGUUUACUGUGUACUUUGAGACCCUGUACUCUAAAUCCAAAUUAAGAGCUGGAUGUGGUUAUGCAUGCCUGUAAUCCCAGCAGUUGGGAGGCUGAAGCAGGAUGCCACUGAUGUGAGUUUGAGGCCAGCCUGAGUUACAGUGACUUCAAGCAUUCUAUCCUGAAUUACAAAAACAAGGCCAUCCUGGAUUACAAAAGAAGACAGACAAAUUCCUUAUUAAAUGUACCCCCGCAGGCAAUGCUUUUGCCCAGGAGAAUCUUCUCAAGGGAGAAGGGAGCCCCGCAUCCACUGAAACAUCCUUUCUUUGGUUCUCAAGCAGAUAGCUUCUUCUGGGGGCAGUAAAGAAACAGAAACAGAGCUCAAGGCUGAAGAUGGGGAGCUGCCUAGUGCUCUGAAGGCUAAGGCAGGAGGUUCACAUGUUCAAGGCCAGCCUGGGCAACUUAGUGACUUAGCAAAACCCUAUCUCAAAAAUAUGCUGGCAAUGCAGCUCAGCACCAAGGUGCGAGGAUCCAUCCCCGGUGCUCAGCACUGUGGGGGUGGGGGAGGCUGCAGUGUGCAGAAGUUCGGGUUUUGGGAUGAGAGAGCCAGCAAGUUUCAUCUGGGACUUAAGGUGCUUAAAUCAGGUGGAGCUGUGUGCUCAAGGAUGGGGUGUCUGUCAGGUAGUAAAUAAAACUUGAGUGCCACCCUUCAGCAGCCUGGUGCAUGCUCGCCUCUCCCUGGGCCCCAUUCUUGCCAUUUUCUCUGGCCACAGUCCCCAGUUUGCUGCUAGCUCCUUGUGCGUUUUCUGGCCAUGCUGCUGUGUACAGUCUGACCCCUCCUUCAUCGAGUGGUCUGAUGCCAGCCUCCUCCACUGAUGGUUAGAAUUACUUUCUGUGUAAGAAUUAGGGUCUCCUUCUGGCUUAAGAUCCUGGCAGCCUCCCUUAGUUGGAUCCUUCCUGGCCGUGGCUAGGACUCUACACCCACUGAAGACCUGUAUCCCACCCAACCUUUCGUGAGGACAAAUGCUUUUGCCCUAUAAGUCUUGCCCAAUCUGAUUUGCACUUGGAGAGAGAUGUUGAAACAUCCCUCAUAUACAACUUCCCGUGAUCUUUCUUACUGUUUAUGGUUUAGGCUCCUUAAACACUAGCAAGAUGAAGUCUGCCAUUACUAGUUGUAUCAUUUUGGUCAGCUAUCAAUAUUUAAGCCUCAGCUUCCUCAUCUGUAAAAUGGGGGACUCUCUACCUCACAGGGCUGUUGUGUAAUAAAGUAAUAAAAUACCUACAAAGUGCCUGGUACACAGUGGGUGCUAACAAGUUUUGCCUGUCAACUGUCUUACGUGUCUGAGAUCAUA